UUAUUCUAUUUAGCUGCCCUGAGUCAUGACUUACUCAUCAUUGUCUGAUAUACUCGUAGAUGGUGUUCUAUUCCCCCUGCCAACGCCCUCUGCAAUUUCCUAUUUAUGUGCCAAUUGAGCGGUGAAAUAAACAAGUAACAAUGGUCUAUAGCGGCAUAAAGCUGGCAAUGGCGGCGAUAAGAUUAGAUUUUCUCCGAUGCCCAAGCCGAAGAUAAGCAUUGGUCAAGGCAGGGGUGAAGUAGAAGGCGGGAGGAGCUGGUUAGAUGGAGCUAGUCACUUCAAUACUCGCCGCUGGCAUUGCGCAUUUCCAAACCAACCGUCGUGGGCAGCAGAGCCACCAAAAAAAAAAACUCCUGAAAAUGAUGCAGUCGAGCCUAGUGAUUGUGGGUCUGCUCGGAUUGAUGCUACUGGGCAUGUGCCACGCCCAGGGACGCAUUAUGGGCGGCGAGGAAGCGGACCCCACGGCCACGCCCUUCGCCGCCUCUUUGCGGGUGGACAAUGCACACGCGUGCGGCGGAUGCAUUCUCGCCCAGACCAAGAUCCUCACCACCGCCCACUGCGUCUAUCGCGAUGGAAAGCUAAUCGAUGCCAGUCGCCUGUCGGUCCGCGUGGGCAGCACGAACCAGUAUGCCGGUGGCAAGAUACUCUUUGUGGCAUCGGUUGCCGUGCAUCCGGACUACUACAACCUGGACAACAACCUGGCCGUGAUCACACUGGCCACUGCGCUGACCUACACCGAACGGAUCAGUGCCAUCCCAGUGGUGGCCAGUGGUGAGGCACUGCCCGCCGUGGGAUCGGCGGUGAGCGUGGCGGGAUGGGGUCGCACCAGCGAUGGCACCACCUCGUACAAGAUCCAUGAGACGACGCUGACGUUGGCCACGGAGGCGAGCUGCCUGGAUGCGUACAGUGGACAUGGCGAGCAGAGCUUCUGCCUGGCCCACGAACUGAAGGAGGGCACCUGCCACGGCGAUGGAGGCAGUGGCGCCGUCUAUGGCGACACCUUGAUCGGACUGACGAACUUUGUGGUGGGCGCCUGCGGCUCCCGCUAUCCGGAUGUCUUUGUGCGCCUCUCCAGCUACGCGGAUUGGAUUCAGGAGCAGAUCGCCUAGUAAUUGCCAUAACACACCAUGUUUCCUUUGCAAGCGAAGCCAAAAUAAUAACGAUUUCCCUCUUCCCCCAA